AUGUUUUUGAGCUCGCUUGUAAAGAGAAGAGGCACCCAAGGACACUCUUUCCCAUCAGAAAGAACGGUAAGUUAUGAGCAGAGACGCACGCCGACAACAACGAAGAAGAAUCGAGGACCAAAGAUGCUCAACCCGUAUGAAGUGAAACUUUCUCCGUGGCGUCGAUUGUGGGUUACCAUCCGGUCGCACGAGUCGAGCCAGAUCAUCAUGGCUUCAACGAUGACACUAACCAUCUUUUCGAUGAUGUCUCUUAUUUGGACAUCUGUUACUGUCAUUCCGUGGUAUGUCUCGAGAGACUACGCGGAAGACUCCUGCAAACUCGUCUCUAUUCAAGGCUGGCCGAAGCGCUGCGAAAUUCCAAGGAAUUCAUCCCAUCUCAUAGGAAACCAAAGCCGAAAAUGCUCGGAACACAUUUGUCUGCAAGUUCACGUAUCGAGUGCCAACUCAUCCGAUCAUAUCAUCCUUGGCGACGAGCUAGAGCUGGCAGGCCUUUGUCAACCAAAUUGCACCAAAGCCUUUGCAGGACGAACUAAAUGCAAGACUUUUCUUUCAGAAACGCUUCCGAUGGUCAAGCAAAUAACGGAUACUCCCAGCUUCACUUGCUAUACAAGCUUCCUGGAGAGCAAGUAUGCACUCAAAAACAAAAUUUACAAGAAGCCAUUUCCUUGGAGGGUCAUCUUCUCGAUCGUUAUUCCAGUUUCUGGAACAGUAUGCGGAGUAGGAGGAAUGCUGAUCUUCAUCUGUCAAAAUAGAGGUUCACUCCUUUCCCUGACAAAACUUUGA